AUGUCUUUUACUCAGUCUUCGCAAGGCACUCUGGCCACCAGAGAAGCUACGUCAGAGGAGCAGACAUUCAUCACCGAUAUCCUCAAGCUGUACCAGCUAGAGCCCAGCGAGCAGAGUUAUAGACACUAUGCCGACAGUGCUGUCUUCCACGACCCUGUCAGUAUCGCCAAGGGCAAGGACAGUGUCAUGUCGCAGUUCAACGGCAUGCCCAAGAUCUUUGCACGUAGCGACACCAAAGAAGUCGCAGUUCUCGCAUCGUCAACGCCCUCUCAGUUGCAGCUGAACUUGACACAGCACUAUGUCUUCAAAUCUCCUAUUCCAUUCAAGAAGGAGGGUGCCGAGAAGACUGUCAACAGCAAGUUGACCUUCAAGCUCAACAGCCAGGGCUUGAUCGAGGAACACAUUGAAGAAUGGGAUCAUGAGACCAACAAGACUGCCGACGAUGGCUUCAUGGGCAAGCUUCAAGAGCAGCGCAAGAAGAUGGACGCAAAGAUGGUCGACACCUUUGUCAGUUCGGAUCCCAAGAAGGCAUGA